AUGGAACAGGAUGAUGAUAACGAGGUUAAAAUACAAUUCUUGGAAGCCGAUACAGUAGCACCAAAAAUUGUAUCAUCGAUUCAUCCGAGUCAUAUGUAUACGAGCAAACUGAUUCACACCAAAAAGAUAAAUGAAGCUUCAAACUUAGAUGUACAGGAUACUCAAGGCUUACUUAAUGAGUUUCCUAUAUCAGUAUGUGACUUGGCCAUUAGAUUGGACUCCUGCGGCCAAUGUUUGGAAGGGAUACUUGCAGCGCUUACUAGGACUCAUUACAGUCGUAAUCCCCUUAGAUAG